AUGCCCCCAAGCCCCAUUGCCUCGACUUCCGCGCAACCCGUGCUCGAGUUCAAUGGGACCACCAUCUUUGCACCGCCACCGGCGCCUACCUACCGCUACGCGAUCUCGCUCAAGAACGACAGGCUACGCAUCAUCUGGCUCGAGGACUACGACAGCAAAAAACAAUGGUGCACAUCUGAACUAGGCGUUAACGCUUUUGUCGACGCCACGAACCCUCUUUAUUGCAGCUUUCUUGUUUACCAACUGUAUGGUCCUCUCCAGUGUUUUUGUGAAGUAUUAAAUAUUGCUGGCGAUGGCAUUGACAAGAUUGCGAGCACAUUCAGCCGCGUCAAGGACGAAACCUUCCGGUUGGAGAUCGCAGUAACACUUCAGGUGCUGCGUAAGUCCCGUGGGAUGACAUACGCAUUCGUGUUGGAACCGAUUUCAGUCGAGCGCAUUGACGUUCUGGAAUCCAAGGUGCGGGACAUGAAGAUCGAAAUGGAUAAACUGCGCCUGGAAAAACUGCGCCAAGAAUCUGAAGCACGUGCCGCCUUGCUGACCAAGAUACUGGGGGAUGUACGAGCUCAGCUUAAAGCGAAAGACAUUUUCGUGCUCGCCCAGGCGGUCGCAACCAGCCGAGUUGGCGACGUCAUCCGCUGGAGCAAUAGCAACCUCGAUGGUGUGUUUGGAGAGGACGGUGUGAUUCGGUUGCCGCUUUCAGGCUUGUACCAGAUAUUGGCUGUCGUCAAUCACCACGCGGACCGUCUUCCGGAAGCCAUUCAGCUGAUGAAAGGCUCUACUUGUGUACAGUUCGCCUACUCUGGAUACACUCAAGGAAGUUUCUGCUCUACCAGCCUCAUGUGCGUUGUCCGUAUCGACAAGGGCGAUCAACUCACAGUGAAAUGCCCCACCGAAGUCGUUGCAAACACCUCGAUUACGUUUACCCGCAUCGGGGAUGUUGAAUAG